AUGAACGUCGUGGACCACGUGCGGGACAUGGCGGCCGUGGGGCUGCACUCCAACAUGCGGCUCCUCAGCAGCUUGUUACUGACGAUGAGUAACAACAACCCGGAGCUCUUCUCCCCAUCUCAGAAGUACCAGCUUUUGGUGUAUCACGCAGACUCUCUCUUCCACGAUAAGGAAUAUCGGAAUGCCGUGAGUAAGUACAGCAUGGCUCUACAACAGAAGAAGGCGCUGAGUCUCAUCGAGUGCUACUUAGCCUCCAACAGCAUUCGGGAAGCGAUGGUCAUGGCUAACAAUGUUUACAAGACCCUGGGCGCCAACGCACAGACCCUCACCCUUUUAGCCACGGUCUGUCUCAAGGACCCAGUCACUCAGGAGAAAGCCAAAAGCCUGUUAGACAAAGCGCUCAGCCAGCGGCCCGACUACAUCAAAGCGGUGGUGAAGAAGGCGGAGCUGCUCAGCAGAGAGCAGAAGUACGAAGAUGGGAUAGCCCUGCUGAGGAACGCCCUGGCUAACCAGAGCGACUGCGUGCUGCAUCGCAUCCUAGGCGACUUCCUGGUCGCCCUCAAUGAGUACCAGGAGGCCAUGGACCAGUAUAGUAUAGCGCUCAGUUUGGACCCCAAUGACCAGAAGUCUCUAGAGGGGAUGCAGAAGAUGGAGAAGGAGGAGAGCCCGGCGGACUCAGCUCAGGAGGAGGACGUGGACGACAUGGAGGGGAGUGGGGAAGAGGGCAGCGACAGUGAGGCCCAGUGGGCCGACCAGGAGCAGUUGUUCGGCAUGCAGUGA